AUGCCCGAGAGCCUGCCGGCAGAGAUGAGUGCUUUCAUCUGGCAUGAAAAGGAGUCCCGGCGCACAGCCCAUCAACGCCGUAAGCAGGAGCGGGAAGUCAAGGCGCAGCAGACGCAGGCUUUUCUCUCCAAUGUGACGAGCGGCGUGGAGCCACCUCCUUUUGAUCUCGUGCUCGACCAGAGUGAACGGCGCCUCCGUGUCCCGUCCAGCUGCAUGGGCAUGGUCAUCGGCAAGAAGGGUGAGCACCUGAAGUCAAUCGAAAAAGACUUCAAAGUAACUGUCAAGAUCGAGAAGGAUGAUGCAAGCUCUGACAGCAUCCUCCUCAUCUCGGGCUCCUCAGCAGCGGAGCUGGCUGCGGCCGUGAAGGCGCUGGACUUCGACAGCAAAAUCCUGGAGGUGCCCAAAGAAAUCGCAGGAUGGGUAUGCGGCAAGGCUGGCCGGCAUUUGAAGCUCAUCCGGGAGAUGACCGGUGUAGCGGUGUUGAGCAUGAAGGAUUCUGCCGAAGCCUCCGAGGCUCAGGGAGAAGCCCACGGUGAUGGGGCGAACCCGUCACGAUGCUCCCUGGAGAUCAAAGGUCUCCGGGAAAACGUGGAGGAUGCAGCAAUGUGCAUGGAGGCUCACAUGAGCUACCACUCAGUCUUUCAGGAGAUGGAGCAGGUGGAAAAAGAGCUUGACCAACGGAUAGCAGAUGCACGAGGGCGCCUUUCCAGACGGGCCGUGUCCUCCGGGACUGGAGGGUCGCAAGCACGGUCAGCCCUUGGAGGUGCGAAGGGAAGGUCAAAGUCUCCAGGCAAGCGGCAGCCCAAAGGAGGUGCCGAGCCUGCGCCAGCCCCUGCAGCGAAGCAGGUGAGAACGGGGCGCAUCUGGGCUGGUGGAGCCGCCGAAGGUUCGGUCGCCAAUCCGGUCCGUGCAGCCAAAGGGCGAGGACGAGGGCGUGGUUACUUCAGCAGUGCCAUCGGAGCCAAGCAGUGA